GAAUAUCUGUCUGUUUUCUUUUCUUUUUGUUUCCCACUCUGUAUUCGAUUGGGUUCGACUUCCCGCUCGCUUUCGACCCUUGACUUUUUGACGGUUAACACCGGCGCUGGCGUUUCUUUUCGCGUCGACUUCGUUCAGCUAGUACACCUGCGAGUAGUUGAAGGACAAAGGGAAAGAACAACAACAACAAGGAAACGGCGACUCAAACUUGAGCAGAAGAAACGGAGCAAGUAAAAUGAGAGACGUGGGUGUAUACAGUAUCGCGCGGGCCAUGCCUCGUAUGUCUUGGCACCCGCGCAACCUAUACAAUCUCUGGCAACGUAGCGUCAAUCCACGAGUCAAAAACACCUCUGUCUUCACCACGUCCGAAAAGACGCUCUUCCAACAGCGGUGGAAGAGUAAGGCGCUGGUGAGAGCGUACCAUGGGGAUUAUAUCCCUGAAAAGAUCUUUAAAAAGUGGUAUGUCCCGGAUGGGCUCCCGAAUGUUCGGCCGAGAAAAGGUGUACGAGGAGGCGACGAAGGGUUAUUAGAGAGCUACGCUGGCCGGAAAGUCAGAGAAGAUGAAGAAUACGAAGAAGAUGAGAUUAAAUACGAGAUGGCUCCCGUAGGGAGUUUGAUGUUCUCAGAAGUAGAGCGAAGAAUCGACACGGUCGUGUUUCGGGGUUGUUUCGCGCAUAGUAUAUACGAAGCAAGGAGGUUGGUUGUUCAUGGCAAUGUUUUACUUAACGGUAAACGGCACCAAAACGCUAAUACCCGGUUAAAACCCGGAGACAUGAUCACUGUCUCCCCAAAAGCAAUCCGCUUCCUUCAACCACCGGAAAAACUCGACCCGACAUACACCGACGACCCAAAUUCUUCCCUCCCCACCCCUACUACCGCUGCAGAACGUCUCACGCCCUUCCACCUCCCACCCUACGCCUCCCCCUUCCUCUUUAUUCCCGCCUAUCUCGAACCGAACUUCGCCACCUGUUCCCUUAUUUACGUCCGCCACCCUACCGCUCGGCCCGGGUAUUCGGAGAUUCCGUCCCCAUACGACGCUGACGGUGAAAUCGUUCGGUUUGCGUGGGAGUGGUACUCGAGGAGAAGGCCAAGGGUAAGGAGUGUGACGAGGUUGAGGCGGAUGCCGGAGGAUAGGACGUAUGAUCCUGAAAGCAGAGAUGAGAGAGAGAAGGAGAGGAGGGAACAGGAGGUUGUUAGGAGGAAGGAAGAGGCAAGGAGGGGUGGGAUGAUUUUGACUGAGCCUCCGAGAAAGUAGAAUACGUACUCGUAUAGUAGAUGUUGUCUCCGACUAAUGCAAGUGUCACAUUCAUCUUUCGGCCUUCCUACCACUCCAUACUACACGUUAAACCUCAAGUCCAACCUUCACAAAAAUUGAGAUUCAAAGAUUUGACCAGG